GUUAGGAUACGAGAUUAUACGCUUCAACACGGUAGCAAUAUCCAUUUGCCGGUGAUUCGAAACGGCGCAGUCCCUGUUCAGAAUUCGACGUGUACAGAUCCGCUAGCACUAGGAUAUCUUGUUGCCUCCAAGCAAGGAAAACCAGUCGAGGUAAACCGCAAGGCCGAGGAAGCACGUGGUGGUGAAGAAAAGCCUACAGGAAAAGCACACCAUACAGCAGCGGAGAGGCCCUGGUCGACCGUUCGGAGAGUUUGAAGAGCAAUUGAGACGUGUAUGUGGAAGACCACUUUGGUGAAAAGGAUAAAGUUUUACCCUCGUGUUAUGUGUGCCCCACCCUGAGCGUCAGGAAAAAAUAUUUUAUCCGUGAGCCGUACAGUAAUUCCAUUGCAGCAUUUAGAGGAAAUAUUCUGAAAAAAAACGAUUUACGGAUGUGUCGGUUGGUGAUAUUAAAUUGGUGCUCGUUCUAAUUUUUAAUUAACUGCUGCCAGACCGAAAUUUUGACCAUUCAGUGAGAGCGAGAGUAUCCGAACGGAGUAGGUUUUUUCAUAUCCUAGAUUCAGUUGUACCGCAGUCGUCACCGCACAUUCACGCGAAAUCGAGAAAAAAUUGUGUAAAAUACCAGAAAAAGUGAAACAUCUUUAGGUUCAAUACUCUUUUUAAGCUUAUUUUUAGUGUAUUUUCUAAACCUUCUGUCACAGUACACCGCGACAAAAUGUUGAUUGGAUUAGUCCGAGAUUCCGUUCUGCAGUGCUUCUGCCACACGUGCCGAGCACCCAUUCUGCCGGCAGUGAAUCGUCGUUCAGUGCCCACAAAGAAACCAACCAAAACACGCACCAAGCAGCCGAAAUCGUCGAAGAAAGUUAAAUUUAUCACUACUGAAAUCCGUUGUCAAGAAAAAUCAAAGGGUGGUCUGUGCUAUGAAGUAAUUCUCGCUGAGCCAGCCAUGAAUGUGACUGUUCCGAAACUACCGCUAACCCCGGGAAAGCCGGUGUCGGCUGAGGAAAUUGAAGAGAAGCUGAAGGCUGCCGAGGAACGACGCCUAUCGCUUGAGGCCAAAAAGAUGGCCGAUUGGACGGCAAAGAUGGCCAAAAUCGAGGAAGCAAGUCGCAAGAAAGACGAACUAGACAAAGAGUUCAAAACGCACGCGAAGGAAUCGCUGAACCAGAAAAUGGAACAAUAUGAAGAGAAACGAGAAGCACAGAUUACCGAGCUGAAGGAAAAAUUGAAGAUGCAUGCUGCUGAAAUCGAAAAAACUCGACACAGCCUGGAACAUACGAAAUCGGAAGAGCUCAAGUUGCAACUGGAGGAUAAACUGCGAACUGCUGCCACACUACGCGAUGACAAAAUCAAGAAGAUCCUGGACCGACUAAAGGAACACAACACGGAAAAAUUGAAAGAAGUUCGAACCACAGUGGAUAUGCUGGAAUCGCAGAAAUUGGAGGAGAAGACCCGUAUCAUCGAGAACAAAUUGUCCACCGCGGAGCAGAACCGCGAGAAGGAGCUUCAGAAGAAAUUGGAUAAUAUUCGCAAACAUGAACGACGUGCGGAAAUUGUGCGUCAGAACAAAGCUGCUCUAUCCACUCAAAAGGACGACGAGAACAGCGUUACUGCAUCCUCCGGUUAAGAUCUCUAUAGCAUCAUUUAACGAGCUUCCUUCUUUCCUCUCUUUCUCUUUAACAUACUAUUCAAACAUUGCUCCAGCACCUCCUCCUUUACAGCAAGCAAUGAUUGGAAAACGAGCAGAUUAAAUGCAACAACAAAAAACAAGAAAACAAAACGAUUCAAAACACGCAAUCAGAAGAAGAAAUUAAUUGAACCGUUCAAGUAUAUAACGCCAAUAAGGUAACAAGCAAGCGAUAUUUACUAUAAUAUCUGCCAGCAGCAGCGAAACGAUGAAAGCGCGCAAAUAAAACAUCAAAACAUUGUUUAUUGAUCUAACCACCACAAACAAGAUAGAUAGAUAGAGAAACAAAACAACACUUCUUCAAAAGAAGAUAUAAUGCUACCUAAAUUAAAUGAAAUAUAUACUGUAUGCUAUCUUAAGAAGCUGAGAAAAAACAAACACACUACGCUACUGUUAUACAAACAAGCACACUUAACAUGUAAAAGUAAUCAACAAAGAUGGUAGCAACAAAACGGUCGUUUUUCUUACACUAUCUACUAUCACAGAAGAUGAAACAAUAAUUACAUAUAAUGAUGAAGUUUAUUUGCCGCCAGAUAGAUCACGCGUAUCUAUUAAAAUAAUAUGAAAGAAAACAAAACUCGAAACUGUAUUUGUAAAUUUGUUGUAAACUCCGUGUAACCUGGCAAAUCUGUAUGUUUACAAUAUCAAACAAAGAUCUAAAUUUCUCGUUCAAAUGUAACCGAAUGCUAUUAACCGUUCAGAUAAUUAAUCUGUAUAACCCGAUGUUCUGUUUUGCAGAUGUUUUCUUCUUGCUUAUUAACGACAGUUAAGUCCUUUAAAAAAAUAAACGAUCAAACACAAAUAUACCGAGAUCAGGAAAUAACAACCGUUAUCCGAAACAGAAUCAACUUGCCAUGUGCAAUGUGACCGCCAUACAAAAUGCACAAUAUUACGAAACGAUGUAGGAGGAGUCCAACAUAUUAACAACUGUACUUGAAAACUGCCCAUAACAACGCAAAAAAGACAAUUUCGAUUCCGAUGACAAGGACACACUUUCAUUAGUAGAGAAAAUAGUAAAGCUAAGACAAAUUUGCAUCCGAAUGUAUUGGUUUGGGUUCAACUAUUUAUAACAAUUAAACGAGAUUAGCUACAGAAGAUCUAAAACAUCCAGAUGAAAUGUGUUUAAAAAUUAAUCUAUUGAGAUGAGAUUAAAAUGAUUUGAUGAUGAGGUUACAGGAAUAGAAGCGAAGGGUAGAUAUUUUUAAUGUGAGUAACUACAAUGAAAACUUCGAUAGCUUUCAAGUUAUUGCGAUUUUCGCGGAUGUGCAAAAAAACGGCAAUACUGCGAUAUAUGCAUAACAGCCCUACAAGUAUGAGAAAUCCAUGGGAUGCAUGGGAUUUUUGUUGCUGUCUGCUUUCAGUUGAUAUUUUGACAGUUUUAACAAUUUGUUCAUAUUGCGCUAGUUUCCAGUAAAAGUUAAGUUGACUAGACCUAUGUAUGCGCGACUGACAAUAAAAGAUGCAAGAACAGAACAUGUUUCGUAAAAUCCGCUACAAAUAUAUUAGAAUAUAAAAAUAGGACUGUGAUUCUGCUGCAUAAAAAUCGCUAAGAAUGUUUUCACUCGAAAAAUUCGCAAAGAUAAAGUAUAAAAAGCAGUUAAAAAUUAAAAUUUUCAAGAUUUAAAGGUGGAUAAAGAAAAGUGCUUUAUAAGAACCGGAUAUAUCUUUUCUGGUUUUUAAACUGAAGGUUUUUUAAGCGAUUCUUACGUCGAAGAACUCAGUCCCAUUUUUUGCUUGAAAUUUGUGAAUUUUAUUCUCGGUCGCUCAUAUAACGCGUCACGAAUAGAAUAUCGGUAACUAGUCGGCAGAAUAUUUUGACGCUAUUCACUCGCCGAAUAAUAUAAUAUCGAAUAUUUAGUCCCUAUUUAUGUAAACAUUGAUUCCGUUCAAAUCUAGAUUAAUACUGAAUAUUCGUUAAAAUGCUUUCGAUUUGAUUAAGAGGAAGGAAUUAAAUUUGAAAUCGUCUAAGAGCAAUGUUUGAUAUAUUACGGCAAUGUUCAAAGAAUGGCUACCAAGUUUCACUCGAACCAAUACUAUCACCUAAGCACAUUGGCAAACCAAUGAAAAGUAUUAUUAGUCAGAUCGAUUACAAAAAUUGAAUCGGAACAGUUUGAUAUUAAUGUUUGAUCAAAGAAACCUAUUUCAAAAUUGCGUUGGUGAUCUGAUCGUUUUAAAAUAUAUUAGUGAUGUUUUUAAUUUCUGCUGUAUGAUUAUUUUAAUAAAGAUUUGUUUGCAUUUAAAUUAUACAAUAUACGAUCUUUUUACGACAAACUUUACAUUUUCGACUGCAAUCGCCAACUUAAACUGCAGUACAAUUGGAGAUCAUCUCCGAACGGAGAUCUGUGAAUUACUAAAUUCCGCUGUCUAUUGCAGUUAAGUACGAAAAAAUUCUGCCUCGGCGAUGUUUAAAUUCUCAUUAAGUAGAUCGCUCCUAUAUUUUUCAAUUGAUGUGUUGGAAAAAUAUUGAAAAUCAAAUUUGCUGAAGAAGAGAGCUGGAUAGAUGGUCAUUUAGCGUUGACGUUACUUUGAGUUAGGCCUUAAUUUGAAGCUUCGUACAUGAUUACUAUAACUAAGUAUUACCAGAAAAAAAUUCUUACGAAAGCAAAAAAAAAAAGAAAAUAUAUACUUACAUUCAUAUUACAUCGCCUCUGUGCCGCCUUUUUGCAUUCAAAUUUAAUACCAAUUGAAACUUAACUAUAAUUAUACCUUAAGGAAAGUACGCGCAUCGAAAUUGAAAACAAUUUGGACCUCCUUUUUCGGUUGCGCGAAUCAAAAACACUGACAUUUUUAUUUUAUACAUAUACUAUAACAUGUGUAAGCUAUAAUUUGCGCUUUCAAAAAGAGAAGUCAUAUGACGUAUGUCUGAUACGGUAACCAGCAAUGAGUUGAAUUGAUAACAAAAAUCAGGAAUUGCAUGGGUCCAUUAAUCUAAUUUUAGUGGUCCAAUCUGAAAAAUUGAACGGAAGAGCUAAAAUACUCGAACAAAUAUUACCUGCGUCGUCUUGCAUUGAUCGAAGAAAAUGUUUUGCUUUCAAUGUUUUGUUCAUAUCGCUUUAGCAAACCCGCUUGCAGGAUUGACCAUAAAACUUAUAAAAUGAAACAAGUUAGCUGAGAAGUAAGCUCAGUUUCUAAAACGUAUCUGUCCCAAAUAGGACAAUAACAAUCUUUAUUUGGAGUCAUAACGUUCAAUAUCCAACUGAACGAUUUAAACAUAUGAAUGAAACAUGAUGCACUGUGCUUGGAGCAAAAUCCCAAACGGCGGAAAAAGUAUUGAAAUAGCUCAAAUACCGUGUAAGAAUUGGUGUGCGAAUGAACGUGGAUUAUUUGUAUAAGAUGAUGGAAAAUAGACUGGUUUACAGACGUUAGAACACAAAAAUAAAAUAUUAGAAAAUAUGCUUAAAGAAAAUUAUUUUGGUAUCGCUUUUCUUCUGUUCGAAGCAUGCUAAAGAUUAAAAAUUAACGAAAAGUCAACAGAAAGUUGUAAAAAUACUAAUCAGUGGCAGCCCUUUUUAUGGUCACAUGGCAACAAGAACAAAAAAUAAUAAAUAUAUACCCACUUGAUACAAAAAUGGGAAUCUCUUUGAAUAAAAGUGUAUCGAACCUUAUCUAUUGAAAGCAUAUACAAUUAUCAUGAUUAUUAUAUUACUAUUAUAUAGCACAAGCAAGCUUCUGUGAUGGGUUUCAUUCAUAUAUAAAAAAACAAGCAAAACAAGUAAACUCACUGCUUAGAAUGGGACGAUCCGAGCUAUCCGCCAUCAAAGGUACAUAUAUGAAAACGGCUAAAAUUAAGACCUAUACAGCAGAUAACUGCAAAACAGCAACGCCAAUUCACAAAGAGCAAAAUAAUGCGCAUGUCAAAUGAUUCCAAUGGAGACAAAUAGCAGAAAAUGAAAUCGACGAUAAAACAACUUAAUGUAAAAACAACAAAUAACAAGUGGAAUAUCAAACCGAAAAUUGAUUUCAAAUAAAGACAAAAUCCAA